AUGAUAUCAAAAAAUAUAUUAAAAAUUGGUAAUAGUUUACUCAAACAAGUAGCACAACCAUGGACCAAAGAAGAAUUAAAAGAUACAAAGAGAGUUGAAAAGUUGUUGGAUUUGAUGGAUGACGUACUCAUCCCAUCGCUUCAAUCGGCACAACCCAUCAAGAGAAACAGCAACUAUCAAAUAACAAGUGGCGGUCCCGUGUUUGGCAAGACGGGCAUAGCAGGCAGCAGCAAGAACCUCUUUAACCUCACCAAAUACAAACGAUCCAUGCAAACACCACUCGUCACUACACCCAAGAAAAUAACAGCCAACAAUACAAUCGAUGUUUGGGAGUCGUGUCUAUCGGUACCUUCAUACUAUGGACGUGUUACGAGAGCUCGAAAAUGCAUCAUCAACUUUUGGGAUAUUACUGGUACGCCUCGAUCGAUAGAGGCCGAUGGUUUGAUAUCCGCCUGUCUUCAACAUGAAAACGAUCAUCUUUUGGGUCGUGUCUUUUUCGAACGUCUACAAAAUAGUGUAAACGAUCUAGUACAUGCUGACGAAUUAACUCAUGAACAAGCUACUCAUGUAUUUAGUUUAACUGGUGAUUUUCAAAUUACCAAAUAA